AUGUCGUCUACACCACAAAUGAUCAAUACCGGAAGGCUUCCUUCCGAAACGAAUUCGACAUUCCAGGCGAUAAACUUGCUGGCAGACGACUCUUAUACUGAAGCAUCGUUUGAUCUACUAUCAUCCAACCUAAAUAUUCUCGGAGACAGCGAAUUUUUAGAGACGCUUGAUAAUGUUGAUUUGAACGAUCCGGAAUUCAAUAAGUUUUUAGGUGAUUUUAGUAAGGAUAAUUUACUCGCAGAACUGCCCAAUUCGACUACUGAUCCAUACACUUAUCAAUAUGAUUCAAUGCGGAUGCCACCAAGUGAAGCUACCAACAGCGAUACGAUCUCAUCAUUAGACUCCGUUUCAGAUGAAUCCAGAUCGAAUAUUGCUUCUGUUUCUCAAUGGACUCGAUUUGGGAAUAAGAAAGUACUCAAAUAUACGGAAGAAUACCAACGUCGACGAUUAAACAACAAUAGAGCGGUACAGAAAAAUCGAGAGAAAGCUAAAGAAACAAAAAGAACACGAGAUUUACGAUUAGCAAUAUUACUCGAAGAAAAUCAACGGCUAAUUAGUACCGUCGAUUCGUUAGCAAAAGAAAUUGGACUGUUAAAAUCAGUCUGCGAAGCAAAUAGUCUUAAGUUACCUAUCAGUAAAACUCAAUCAAAUAGAUUGCAUUGA